ACGUGUACACGUGUUUAUAAUAAAUAAUCUCGUAGCUUCAAUUUGCUUCAAUUUUCGAUAAAGUUUGCUUAUAAAAUUGUUUUCAAUGAGCUUUUGUUGCUCACAAAAUUGAUUUUCGAUCAAAUUGUUCGAAAGCAUCUCUCCAUUGUUUGCGGAAUUCAGACAUUUUAUUGUAAAUAUUCUGUAAAAUAUGUACAUAAUUUAUUAACUUUUCAUUAAACUCUGUAUCAUCAAGUCGCUUGUCUUUCUCAUCAUCCAUUGUCCGUCCAUCCAUCUUAUUUUCCAUAGUUAUCGCUCUCAUGACACUUCUUGUUUAUGUGUCCACUUCUUUCGCGAACAUUUUGGUGAUCCUUCGAGCCGGAUCUCUUACUAUUCAGUGGUAUAUGGAGUGGGUGUAGUGCCAGUGGUGAUUUUCAUCUGUGCAAUUAUUCUCUCUGGAGAACUCUCAUUUGAAAGAGAAAAAUGUGUAAAGACAUGGAAGCAGCCGUACAGAUGCAGUUCAAUCUCUACGAACGCAUCGCACGCUCAUAUAAAAAUUUUAAAAUGUCGAGAUUAGCCAACAUCACAAUCGGAUUAGUGGAGGCACGAUUGCAAUACAUCGAAAACAACUGGACGAAAUUCGAGGCCCAGCACGACAAGCUCAUCGCUACAUACGGGAAAGACCUGUCUGAGAACAAUUAUUGUAAAGAGGACAUACAGUCCCUGACGGAGGAAUUAUACCUUUCGUAUAAGGGUAUGCUCUUGGAUGCUUUCCGCAACCUCAAGAGCAAAGAUUUCGUCUGUGAUCGGCAAGUUGCAAUGCCAGACGUAAAAGCUCCGAUCACUGGUGCGAAUCCCUCGCAAUUACCACAUACUAAUUUGCCGCGGAUUCAAACGCCGCAGUUUUCAGGUCUGCACAAAGACUGGCUGUUAUUUCGGGACCUCUUUCACGCCCUCAUCGGAAAGGAUGUCUCCAUUACCCCAGUUAAAAAACUCCACUACUUGAAAGAGUGUCUGAAAGGGGAAGCAGAAUUGUUAAUUCGCAACUUGCCGAUGACAGACAAAAACUUUGAUUGCGCAUGGAAAAUCCUUACGGACUAUUAUGAGAAACGCCUCUUAGUUCAUUCUGACAUUUCGAAGUUUAUUCAGAAGCUUAAGGAUGAGUCGGUUGCAGAUUUGGAUCAAAACAUUCGCGCAGAUGUCACACGAAAGCUUCUCGUUCAGGAUCUAAAACGGCAGUGGUCUGAAGAAGUGCUCGAAACAAGGCCUGCAAAAACAGCAAGAUUCAACAAAAAUGUCCACGAGAUGGAUAUUACAUCAUCAGAACAAGAGGAGGUCACCUCAGAAAAUUCUAAUUCCUCAUCAGAACAGAGUAAAGAAGUAAAGAAGAAAAGCAGCACCAAUAACAGAAGAAAAAUAUAUCAAGGCAGAGCUAGUAAAGAGCAAAUAGAGGCUCUAGUAACUUAUUUGGAGCAAUAUCCAAAUCUUACAUCGGACAGAUUGUCCACUUUAAAUGAUCAUGAAAAAUUGCAAAAUGAUUGGGAAAAAUUAGCCAGAUAUUUAAAUGAAUUAGUGCCAAAUAAGAAAAAAAAAGAUGUAAAAUCCUGGAAAAAUACAUGGCGGGAUCAAAAAUGUAAAGUAUUAAAAAAGAUGCAGAAAAUAGCAAGAGCAAUCAAAGAAAAUAAUCUUAUUAAGAUAAAUUUAACAGAAUUAGAUAAAAGAAUUUUAAAAAUAAUUGGAUGUCAUAAAUAUGUGAAAGACCUUAUGCAUGUUUCUCAUAGUUUUCCCGAAGAACAGAAUAAUGCUACUGAAAAACUAAGAGCUGAAAAUUCUCAAAAAUCUUCUGAAAUAAUAAAAGAUGAUAAGUAUGCUGAAACAUUGAAGAUGCUUACUAAGAUAAAGAAGUUGCUGAAGAAACUAUAGCUUCUUGAAUAAACAAGUAUUGAUAGAAUAUAAAUAGACUAGAAAUGAAAAAUGACAAAACUAUUAGAAUUUACAUAUGAAAAUUUAAAAGAUAAAAAUACGUAAAUUUUUUAUUUAAUAUUACAAUUACUUUAUAAUUUAUUUUUAUAAUUAUUUUACAUUAAUCUUACA